GGGAUCGAUCCGUCACGCUCUGAAAAUAGUCAACGUUGACCCAACCCCUUCACCGUUUUCUUCUCCUUAAAUUUACAAAUUUCGCAUUUCUUCAAUAUUAAGCUGAAGCUUAAUAUUUACCUUUCGUGCUUAUCUUGUUAUCUUUCUCGCUAAGUAUCUUGUUUUUGGGUUUUAGAUUUUUACCACAUUUCUUCUUCUUUUCUCACGUUUCCCUUUUUACCAAGUUCAGACAACGGGGCGAAAAUUUCGGUGUCAAACUAUAAAUCUCCUUUUCCUCAAACUUACCGAGGAAAUUUCCCCUCUUUUGGAAACAAAUCAAACCCUAAAUAAUCCCAAAUCCCACUCCAAAAUCCUUUCUUCACAUCUGGGCGUUCUUGUAAUCCAUAAAUUUGAAGAAAAUUGAACAGGGUUUUGGUUUGAUGGGAGGAAAGAGCUCAACUGAAUCCGGCGGUGGCAGGGGAAGCUUCAAUCGAAGAUCGUCGUCGUUUCAGGAUCGGAGUUAUUCUUGGGAGCAGCCCUGGGACCAAGCUCCUCCUAGUUAUCAAGCUUACCCUCCUCCUCCUCAGUCGCCGGCGGCGGCCCAAAGCUAUAGUUCUUAUUAUGAUGGGCAGUCCUAUGCUUAUCCUUGUCCUGCGGAGGCACACCCGCCGCCUGCUUCGUCUAAUGUGCCACGGCCACGGCCGAGGUUGGACAGGAAGUAUUCGAAGAUAGCCGAUAACUACAUAUCCUUGGAACAGGUCACAGAGGCCCUUGCACAAGCUGGUCUGGAGUCCUCAAAUCUUAUUGUUGGUAUUGACUUCACUAAGAGCAAUGAGUGGACAGGUAAACGUUCUUUCAACCAUCGAAGCCUGCACUACAUUGGCAAUGUUCAAAAUCCCUACGAACAAGCAAUCUCAAUCAUUGGGAGAACAUUAUCCGCAUUUGAUGAAGAUAACCUGAUCCCUUGUUUUGGUUUCGGUGAUGCAAGUACACAUGACCAAGAUGUCUUUAGUUUCUUCCCGGAUGAGAGACCAUGUAAUGGGUUCCCUGAGGCUUUAACAAGAUACAGAGAAAUUGUUCCACAGUUACGAUUGGCUGGGCCUACAUCAUUCGCUCCAAUUAUUGAGAUGGCUAUGACUAUUGUAGAACAAAGCGGAGGGCAGUACCAUGUUCUGUUGAUAAUAGCUGAUGGGCAGGUUACAAGGAGUGUAGAUACAGAAUCAGGUCAGCUUAGCUCCCAAGAACAAAAGACUGUUGAUGCUAUUGUAAAAGCUAGUGAAUUUCCUUUAUCAAUUAUUUUAGUAGGGGUUGGGGAUGGUCCAUGGGACAUGAUGAGGGAAUUUGAUGACAACAUACCCACAAGAGCCUUUGACAAUUUCCAGUUUGUAAAUUUUACGGAGAUCAUGUCGAAGAAUGUUCCACAGACCAGGAAGGAAACUGAGUUUGCUCUUGCUGCACUAAUGGAAAUACCUCCGCAAUACAAAGCAACUUUAGAGCUGGGGAUUUUAGGUCGCAGAAGUGCAGCAUCUCCAGAGAGGGUUCCACUCCCUCCGCCUUUUGGAAGUUAUGGUGCCCCUUCCAUGAGCUCUAAAUUGUUUGGAUCAUCAGCUGGUUACCCCCAACAGAGCACUACACUUUAUCCUGAACAUGCAUCUUCACAACGCACAGCUUCACGGGCUGCCACUUCAUCGGAUGAUCAACAGGUUUGUCCAAUAUGCCUUACAAACCCAAAGAACAUGGCCUUUGGAUGUGGGCACCAGACAUGCUAUGAGUGCGGACCAAGCCUUCAGUCCUGCCCCAUUUGCCGAAGUGAAAUUGUGACCCGAAUAAGGCUUUAUUGAUCAGCUGGAAAGAGUAUUUGUGCAUGGAGUGAAAAAUUUUAUGUUAAUUAGCUUUGUAACAAUGUUGUGCAUUUCUUCAAAUUGUUCAUGUUAAUUUUUUCUUGUAUAUUAAAUAGUUCAUUCUGUGCAAUUAAACCUUGUAUCGAUCAUCUGCUUGGAUGCAGUUGGUCUUUGCCCCAAA